AAUAUUAAAUCUCACUAAUGAUUAAGUUUCUUUUAAUCAACAAUAUAAUAUUUAAAUCAACAUUCAUCCGAGCUGUCCUAAUCCUUUUUAUUUUCUGUUUGUCACUUUCUCUCUCAUCUCUCCACAUUUCCCUUUUGUCAGUUGUUGAAGCUCACUCAGUGAGUGUGAUUCAAAAGCUGUACAUACAACAACUGUACACACACACACACACACAUUGUACACAAUAAAAAAACACAUUCUUUGCUCAGAUUCUUGAUUCUACACUAUAAUUCUGUAUCAGACUAUCAGUACAGGGGUGUAUCUAUAGACUAUAGAUGCAAGUUUUACAUAUAGAAAGAUGAAAAAUAACUCAGUUUCGAAAUGGGUUUUUAGUGUGUGCAUGGCGGUGGUGGUGUUUCUUGAAUGUGGGGUUGUUCAAUCCAGAAUCACUUAUGACAGAAAAGCCCUAAUAAUUAAUGGGCAGAGAAGAAUUCUCAUCUCUGGUUCAAUACAUUACCCCAGAAGCACCCCCGAGAUGUGGGAAGAUCUGAUAAACAAGGCUAAAGAAGGAGGUGUUGAUGUAAUUGAGACUUAUGUGUUUUGGAAUGUUCAUGAGCCUUCUCCUGGCAAUUAUAAUUUUGAAGGGAGAUAUGAUCUGGUGAGGUUUGUAAAGACAAUCAAGAAAGCAGGGCUAUAUGCGAACCUCCGAAUCGGCCCGUAUAUUUGUGCUGAAUGGAAUUUUGGUGGAUUUCCAGUUUGGCUAAAAUACGUGCCGGGAAUUAGCUUCAGGACAGAUAACGAGCCGUUUAAGAUGGCUAUGAAGGGAUUCACCGAGAAAAUCGUCAAUAUAAUGAAGAGCGAAAACUUGUACGAAUCUCAGGGUGGUCCCAUAAUACUCUCUCAGAUUGAGAAUGAGUACGGUCAACAAGCGAAGCAACUAGGUAAUCCUGGCCAUCAAUACGCGAAUUGGGCUGCAAAUAUGGCCGUUGGAUUAGAUACAGGUGUACCGUGGGUAAUGUGCAAAGAAGACGAUGCACCUGAUCCUGUGAUUAACACAUGCAACGGGUUCUAUUGCGAUGCUUUCUCACCGAAUAAACCUUACAAACCCUCGAUAUGGACCGAGGCUUGGAGUGGAUGGUUUACGGAAUUCGGUGGUCCGAUUCACCAGAGGCCGGUUGAGGAUUUGGCAUUUUCCGUCGCUAAAUUCGUACGAAACGGAGGCUCGUUUGUCAACUACUACAUGUAUCAUGGAGGAACGAAUUUCGGCCGCUCGGCUGGAGGCCCGUUCAUAACAACAAGCUACGACUACGAUGCUCCGCUCGAUGAAUAUGGUUUGAUCAGACAACCUAAAUACGGUCAUCUGAAAGAGCUACAUAUAGCCAUUAAACAAUGCGAGAAAGCUCUCGUUUCAUCAGAUUCCACCGUCACUUCAUUAGGAAGCCUUCAACAGGCUAGUGUAUACUCUUCAGAAUCGGGUGAUUGUGCCGCAUUUCUUUCGAAUUACGAUACUGCCACUGAAGCGAGAGUGAUGUUUAAUAACAUUCAUUACAGCCUUCCUCCUUGGUCUAUUAGCAUUCUCCCCGAUUGCAAGAAUGUAGCCUUCAAUACAGCCAAAGUCGGAGUUCAAACAUUACGCGAGGAAAUGUUACCUAGUAACAUUGAAAUAUUAUCGUGGGAAACAUAUAACGAGGAUCUAUCGUCUUCGAGUGACGGCACGACAUUCUCGACAACCGGUCUCUUAGAACAGAUAAAUGUCACUAGAGAUACUUCCGAUUAUCUUUGGUACACAACUAGUGUUGAUAUUGGUUCGUCGGAGUCAUGUCUUAGUGGUGGGAAGCUUCCAACUCUUAUUGUUCAGUCGAACGGUCACGCGCUGCAUGUUUUUGUGAACGAAGAGCUAUCUGGUUCUGCUUUCGGAACACGGGAGAAUAGGAGACUUACAUUCAAAGAGAAAGUCAAGUUACGCGCUGGAUCGAAUAAGAUCAGUCUCCUCAGUGUGGCUAUUGGACUCCCAAAUGUCGGUGGACAUUUUGAGACAUGGAGUACCGGAGUAUUGGGUCCCGUUGCAUUGCACGGACUUGACCGUGGAAAAAUGGAUUUGUCGAGGGCAAAAUGGUCAUAUCAGGUUGGGCUUAAAGGGGAAGCCAUGAAUUUUGCUUCUCCGAAAAGUGUUUCUUCGGUCGAAUGGAUAAAGGGUUCACUAAUUGCACGUAAGCAACAUCCUUUAGCAUGGCAUAAGGCUUAUUUCAACGCACCCGAUGGAGAAGAGCCACUAGCUUUCGACAUGAGUAGCAUGGGGAAAGGUCAACUAUGGGUCAACGGUCAAAGUCUCGGAAGAUAUUGGACUAUAUUUGCAGUUGGUAAUUGCAGCGAUUGUAGUUACACGGGUAUUUUCAAGCCUUCGACAAAGUGUCAACUCGGGUGUGGAACACCAACUCAGAGAUGGUAUCACUUGCCACGGUCUUGGUUAAAGCCCACCGAGAAUUUUCUGGUGAUUUUCGAGGAACUUGGAGGUGAUCCAACGAGAGUUGCUCUCGUGAAGAGAUCAAUGGUUAGCGUUUGAGGUACUUAAUAUAAAUAAGGAAUAGUACAUAAUAUUUUUAUUUUCUGACAACAUAAAAUUGUUUUUUAAAAUUUGUUUUAGAAAUUAACCAUUUUUAAAAUUGAAAUAUGAAUCAAGAAUGCUUUAAUUU